CUUUGGGUAAUGUAGUCCCUAGAGUUGGUCCGAAGAGAUUGGAAAGAGUUAACUGGCUUUGCGCUGAGCUGUGCAAAAACGCUUUGGAUUUUAAUUUUGAUAUUGUUUGCAGUUUUUGACUGUAAGACCUUUGAAAGCAAAGACAGAAUAUCCGCUAGGUUUUUUUGCCAGGUUUCACACGCUCACCGGUGCUGCGAUUAGGAAGAGGCGGGAACAGCAGCGCGAGAAGCCAGCGAGGGACGUCGGCUCGAGCGCAGGUGGAGCGGCACGUGACAGAGCGCGAGGGACUCGGUGAUAGCUUGAGAAGGCGGUGACAGGUAAUACACUGAGGAUUAUACUUCCUGCUCCCAUGGCAACAGUACAACAAAUGCGGACCUCUGAGAAACAAGUAUCUGGGUGGAGUGCAAUAUUUCCAAAUGAUGUGACAACACAACACCAGUCCCUGGUUUUCAUUAAGAGAAUGAUGGCUGUGGGAGUAUCAUGCAUUACGUAUCUGCGUGGGAUAUUUCCUGAAGAUGCCUACAGAACACGAUACUUGGAAGGCAUGUGUGUAAAAAUUCUGCGUGAGGACAGUCGUUUUCCUGGAGCAUCCAAAGUCGUAAAAUGGAUGAUGGGCUGUUUUGAUGCUUUGGAAAAAAGAUUUUUGCGAACAAUAAUUCUGGGAGUUCACAGAGAUCCAGAGGAUCCAAAUAGCAUAAUUGAGUCUUACCAGUUUAAGUUCAAGUACACUACAGAUGGACCAAAGCUGGAUAUUUUAAGCAAAAACAAGCAAGUAAGCCUCCAAGAUACAAAGAAAGCCUCCAUUCUGCUCAUUCGUAAGCUGUUUGUCUUAAUGCAGAGCCUAGAAAUACUUCCUAAUGACGUGUCUCUGACAAUGAAACUCUUCUAUUAUGAUGAAGUGACACCUCCUGAAUACCAGCCGCCAGGAUUUAAACAAGGUGAGUGUGAUGCUGUGUGGUUCGAGGGAACCCCAGUCCAUUUUAAAGUUGGUGAUGUGCCGACUCCAUUCCAUAUGAUGAAAGUAAGGGUCACCACAGAGAAAGAGACAAUGGAACAACUGGAGAAGGAGAAUAUGCUAAAUGAGGAAACCAAAACUUCCAUACAAGGAAUGGAGGAAGUCAAGUCCAUGCUGAAUGACAUAAAUUCUCCAUUCUACCAAAAUAUUACAGCCCAUUCUGAACUUCAGAGGAGUGUGACUGAUGAGCAGUCAUUCAGUGAGUCAGAGAAAGAGAUCAAGCAAUUGGUUGCCAAGGCAGCAGAGUUGGAUGUUUCAGGCAAAAGAUUAAAACUUAGAAAAGUGCUGAUGCAGAAAGAUGACUCACAGGAUAAUGGCAUAGGACAUGAGGAACCUCAAAAGUUGAGCAUAACACAGACCGUAAAAGCUGUUCGGGCUAAAAAAACUAUCUCUGAACUUCAUCAGGCAACAUGUGAAUCUGCUAUGCUUCAAGAGAAGAUUACAAAGCGAAGGAGGAAAAAUUGAAACAUGAUCUGACAAUAUUGGGCAUAAUUCAUAAUUUGUGACAGCAUUACUUAACCAUUAAUUUAGUUAGAUUUUUAAUAUAUUGCACUACAUGUCAACAAAAUAUAUAUUCACCCAGAAAUUUAAUUAGUCAUUGUUGUUCCUACUUUGGUUAUAUCUGUAUAAAAUAUAUUUGGGUUAAUUCAAAGGAAAUAAA